AUGUCAAAAAUAUUAAUUACUGGCGGUACUGGUGUAUUAGGAAGAGCAAUAUCGGAAAUAUUUCGUUCAAAUCAAACAAAUUUUAUUGUUGGUAGUCGAAAUCAAAACACAAAAACCUAUAAUAAUAUGAAUUUUAAUUCAAAUUUAGAUUCAAAAUGGGUUUAUUUGGAUUUAUUGAAAAAUGAAGGAUUCAAUAAAUGUUUAGAUAAUGAUAUAGAUACAAUAUUACAUAUUGCAACUGUAAAUAUGCAAAAAAUUAAUGGUCAACCUGGUGAUAUAAUUUUAACAAAGAAUUUAUUAAAUUUUAUUGAGAAAAAAAAUAUUAAACAUUUUGUAUAUAUUUCAGUUGUAGGAAUUGAUAAAAUUCCAUUUUCAUAUUACAAAGGAAAAUUAGAAUGUGAACAUUUGAUUAAAACAAGUUCUAUUCCAUAUACUAUAUUAAGAUCUACAAAUUUUCAUGAUUUUGUUGAUGCUGCUGUAAGCGAAUUUUUGCAACGUCCAAUACGUAUUAUUCCAAAAUCAUUAAAAGCACAACCUAUUCAAGUCGAAGCAGUUGCCAUGGAAUUAAAUAAAAUUAUACAAGGAUCACCAUUAAAUACUACUUAUGAUAUUGGUGGGAAAAGUGUAUAUAACAUGAAAGAAAUACUGGACUCAUUGAUGAAGGCACAUCACGAAAAUAAAUUGGUGAUUAAUAUGCCGGCCAUGGGUAAAAUUCUGAAAGGAUUUGCUAAAGGUUACAAUACUUGUAACAAUAUUCAAUUAUCUUCUAAUACUUGGGAAGAAUAUUUAUCCAAAAAAUAUCAUCAAUGA